AUCGCCAUUACCGACCUCUCAAUCCCUUCAAAAUCCCCAUCUCUCCUCUCUCUCCCCCCUCCCAGACCCAACCUCUACGAUUUUCUCUCUCUAGGAAAACGAAAAGAGGAGAUCGUCUCCCUCUCUCUCCGAUCUCUCUUCAAUUUGUUUGAAUUCGCUCGUGAAUCUCUGUCGCCGCUGUAGAUCGUUAACAUGGCGCAGAGGACGGAGAAUGAGGAGACGGAGUUCAAGGUACCGGAAACCUUGACGCUUUGUGUCAACAACUGCGGCGUUACCGGAAAUCCGGCGAACAACAACAUGUGCCAGAAAUGUUUCAACGCAACCACUGCCACGUCAUCUUCUUCCUCCGCCGCCGCCUCCGCCUCCGCCUCGUCCCUUCCCUCCGCUGCUGCUACAUCUGCCAGCAACGGUGUCAAGGAUGGAGCCUUCGGUCUCGGAGUUGGAGGUCCGAUCUCGAAAAAAUCUUUGAGAUCUAGCGCUAUCCGGUCGUCGGAUCGAUCAGGCCCGUAUCUGGCGAAGGUGACGAUAAUCCGAAAUCGGGAGAGCGACGGGACAGAGGAGAAGAAGAUCGUGAAUCGGUGUUCUGGUUGCCGGAGGAAGGUCGGGUUGACCGGAUUCCGAUGCCGGUGCGGCGAGCUUUUCUGCGCGGAACAUCGGUACUCUGACCGCCACGACUGCAGCUACGACUACAAGGCCGCCGGUCGGGAGGCGAUCGCCCGAGAAAAUCCGGUGGUCAAGCCGGCGAAGAUCGUCAAGGUUUAAAUUAUUCCACCUGGAAAAAAAAAACCUCAAACCUCAAACAUCGAAUUUCUUUUAAGAUCAAGCUCGAUCUAAAGAUCUUUCAGCGGGAAAUCGUCAGGGAGUUGCGGGAAGACAUCGAUUUCGUUGAUGUUGUAAAGAAGAUCAGAAGGAUUUUCUGAUUCUUCUUCUGUCCGAUCGAAUCUGGGCCUCUUUCUUUCCUUUUUCUUUUUUUUUUUUAAUUUUACUAAAUUUAAAUUAGCUUCUUGAUUGAGAAAUCAAAAGAUUAUAAUUGUGGCUUAAGGAUUUGAUGAUUUGCGUGAGCAUUUGAUGAUUUGCC